AUUCCUCAACUUUCUAACACAAGUGAGAGUUGAGACAUGACCACUUGAUUUGGCCGGUCAGCUAUUUGGACCAAGAGUUCUUGGGCAAUAUUUGUUACAGCCAGGGGCGUAGCAGCGUUCCAAAGCUAUCGAGAGGUUGUCUUUGCAGGCAAUGGGCCGAACAGUGCUGAGUCUCUACAUUGCGGGAUGCUUAUUGGGUGGUCUUUCAGGAGGAGUCUGCAUUCCACUCUUCACAUCUUCAGCGGGUUGGAUAUGCGGAGGAGUUCUGGGUACCACUGUAUCCGGGGGCUUGUCUGGAGGUUGGCUCGGCAUUUCGUUGGAAAAGAUUUGGGCAAAAAUGAAUGAGGGUGUGUUGUGCCUUUGGCUGUUCUUCCUGGCCUUUGUUGUAUUUUUAUAUUUUAUGUGGCAUUGUCCUGAUUGCAAAACAGCAAACAGCAGGGCUAUAGGACCAGCUUGCUCGUGUCUGUCAGUGCCACCAGUGCCAAGCGCAGAACCGGUUGCUUUUUGAAAGGGACAUGGGUGCUUUGCAGUUUGAAAAAGA